GACAUCAGGGGCGGUGCCUGAGGAGGGACGAUCAGGGGAUGCGGCUGCCGGGGUCCGCUGCGGGCGGCCAGGCGAUCCUUCUGCGGCUGCGACCUCCUCGGGCCUUGGGUGAGACGGCGAGCGCUCAAAGGCUCCUGGGACUGUGGUGGAAAAAAAACGAGUCAUCGUUGGCAACCGGAUGGACGCCGGCGGAAUGAGUGGCAGUUUUGGGGGUGUUUCAGCCCGGGACACUGAGGUCGGAGAGGAGCGGUCGGAACUUGGGGAGCCUCCAGCGCCCCACCAAGGAGGCGCCAGUGGAGAGGGGUUCCUUAAGACUUAAGGGAAAGGCCCAGCGAGGUGGCUCACGUCUGUGAUCCCAGCACUUUGGGAGGAGGCUGAGGCCGGUGGGUCGCUUGAGCCCAGGAGACCAACCUGGGCAACACAGGGAGGCCUUGUCCCUACCAAAAAGUGAGAAAUUAGCCGGGCGCUAUGGCGCACACCUGUAGUCCCGGGAGGCUUAGGCGGGAGGAUCGCUUGAGCCCAGGAGGUGGAGGCUGCACUGAGCCCAGAUGACACUACUGCACUCCAGCCUGGGCAAUGGAGCGAGACCUUGUCUCAAAACAACAACAAAGACUUGUGGGAAAGAACGACGCCUUGCUGACCGAAUGGGAUUAACCAAAACCUGCUAAUUGUGGCAGCCCUCGGCAGGCUCCCCUCCCCCACAGCCUCUUCCUCCCUUCCCUCCCCUCCCCUUUCCAUCCGAAUGAUAAAGGGCCCAGCCAGCCAGCCCCCACCCGGCCUCAGGCCCUGGCCCUGCCUCCCACACUGCCCCACUGCCCUGAGCCAUCCACCAGGCCAGGCCCCUGCCCACACUGUCUACGGUCCUGCAUGGGGCCCCGCAGCGGCUCCCGCCUGCGGCCCCCAGAGGCAGAGUCGCCCUCCCAGCCCCCCAAGAGGAGGAAGAAGAGGUACCUGCGACAUGACAAGCCCCCUUACACCUACUUGGCCAUGAUUGCCUUGGUGAUUCAGGCGGCACCCUCCCGCAGGCUGAAGCUGGCCCAGAUCAUCCGUCAGGUCCAGGCGGUGUUCCCUUUCUUCAGGGAAGACUACGAGGGCUGGAAGGACUCCAUCCGCCACAACCUUUCCUCCAACCGAUGCUUCCGAAAGGUGCCCAAGGACCCUGCAAAGCCCCAGGCCAAGGGCAACUUCUGGGCGGUCGAUGUGAGCCUGAUCCCAGCCGAGGCGCUACGGCUGCAGAACACGGCCCUGUGCCGGCGCUGGCAGAACGGGGGUGCGAGAGGAGCCUUCCCCAAGGACCUGGGCCCCUACGUGCUGCAUGGCCGGCCCUAUCGGCCUCCCAGUCCCCUGCCGCCACCCAGCGAGGGCUUCAACAUCAAGUCCCUGCUAGGGGGCUCCCAGGAGGGGGCACCCUGGCCGGGGCUAGCUCCACAGAGCAGCCCAGUUCCUACAGGCAUGGAGAAUAGUGGGGAAGGGGCUGUGCCUACCCCACCCAUGCUCUCCUCUGAGAGGCCUCUGUGGCCCCUCUGCCCCCUUCCGGGCCCCACGAGAGUGGAGGGGGAGGCUUCCCAGGGGGGAUCCAUUGGGCCCUGUACCCUCUCCCCAGAUCCUAGGCCCUGGCCUCUCCACUUACUACAGGGCACCUCAGUUCCUGGGGGGUUGUCCAGUGGGGGACAUAGGGCCUCCCUCUGGGGGCAGCUGCCUACCUCCUAUUUGCCUAUCUACACUCCCAAUGUGGUAAUGCCCUUAGCACCACCACCCACCUCCUGUCCCCAGUGUCCACCGUCAACCAGCCCUGCCUACUGGGGGGUGACCCCUGAAACCCAAGGGCCCCCAGGGCUGCUCUGGGAUCUAGACACCCUCUUCCAGGGGGUGCCACCCAACAAAAGUAUCUAUGACGUUUGGAUCAGCCACCCUCGAGACCUGGCAGCCCCAGCCCCAGGCUGGCUGCUCUCUUGGUGCAGCCUGUGAGGCUUCUAAGGCAGGGGCUGCUCCUCCUUCCUGCUCCCACCCCUGGCUUGUUGACAGGGAGCCAAGGCCAGUGGGGUGUCUGUGACCACAGCAGCCUCGAAACACCAGGCAGCAGCCUUGCUGGGAGUCCACGGUGUUUAUUGGACUACCUGAUGCAUGGCCGUGGCCCACCUGGGCACAGCCCUCGCCCUGGUCAGUCAUGCCUGUUUCCCUACACCCAGAGGCAAAGCUGGAGGGGCAGGGCCGAGCCUGGAAUAGCCCUUCCUCGUUUCCUCUUCUCAGCCCACCACCCAUCCAUUCGUCUCCGGCCAUCACCUCCCCUCCCUCCCUUGCUCUAGGCUGGGGGAGGGAGAGCCUAAUGGUGGAUCCAGCCUGAAGUCCUGCCCUCUCUCAUCUGUCUGGGAAGGAGGUAGCACCUUUUUCAGGAAAUGGGUUAGGGAGUAAAAAGACUGGACCCUACAUGAUCCUGGUGGUGGGGAAGGUAACAGUAAAGGAAUUUGCAACGUUUUAA